AUGAAGUUCCCGACGGAAGAAGGAGUCGGAGAAGUGAAGGGGGAUCAGACCCAGGCGAGAAGAUGUUAUAAUACGUCUCUCAAGAGGGUCUCGGAUCCGACUCCUAUUGUCAUUAGUACAGUAGGAGGGAAUAACAGGAAUGACCCAAAGGGGGAGCCAACUGAACCUCUGGAGGAUGUGGUAGUAAGUGGAGACAAGACUUUGAAGAUUGGGACGCAGCUUAGUCCCAGAAUCCGAGACGGCCUCAUCAUCUUCCUAAGAAGGAAUUUAGAAGUUUUUACGUGGACUCACAAAGAUAUGCCAGGAAUUGAUCCUGAAGACAUCCUCCACCAGCUAAAUGUGGAUCCAAGAGUGCAACCGGUGAAGCAAAAAAGAAGAAAAUUCGCCCCUGAACGGAAUGUAGCCAUAGCAGAAGAAGUUGAGAAACUUCUCAAGGCUCGUUUCAUUGAAGAAGUAUAUUAUCCCAACUGUUUUAUGGACGCCUUCUCUGGCUACAACCAGAUAUACAUGCAUCCAGAAGACCGUGAGAAAACUGCGUUCAUAACUGACCGAGGCCUGUACUGUUAUAAAGUCAUGCCCUUCGGUUUGAAGAACGCAGGGGCAACAUACCAGAGGCUGAUAAAUAAGAUGUUCCGAGACCAGAUCGGACGCAAUAUGGAAGUAUAUGUUGAUGACAUACUAGUCAAGAGUGUGUUGCCACAAGACCACAUACUCGACUUGCAAGAGACGUUCACAACCUUGAAGAAGUACGGGAUGAAGUUGAAUCCCUCAAAAUGUGCAUUCGGAGUUUCAUCAGGAAAGUUCCUUGGUUACAUGCUCCAGCAAUUGACAGGAAGGAUAGCUGCAUUAAAUCGGUUCAUUUCACGAUCAACCGAUAAAUGUCUUCCGUUUUUCAAAGUCUUGCGAAAGGCCUUUGAAUGGACAGACGAAUGCGAAGAAGCCUUCGGACAGUUGAAAGAAUACCUGAUGAGCCCGCCUUUGCUGAGCCAGACAAUACCUGGGGAGGUACUAUAUUUGUAUUUAGCCGUGUCCCAAACGGCUGUCAGUGCCGCAUUAAUCCGAAAAGAAGAGGGAGCUCAAAAGCCUGUAUACUUCACAAGUAGGGCUUUGAGAGGCGCUGAAGAAAGGGUAUUGAUUGAAUACCCUCUAAAGAAAGUACUAAGAAAGAUAGAUCUUUCGGGAAGGUUAGCCAAUUGGGCUAUUGAACUAGGAGAAUUCGACAUUGAGUUUCUCCCUUGGAAUUCUCUCAAGGGCCAGGCACUGGUUGAUUUUCUAGCAGAAUUCACUAAUUUGCCAGACAUCACCAGCUGGCCAAGUGAUGAGACUUGGGUAAUCUACGUAGAUGGAUCAUCUACAAAGAAGCAUGGUGGAGCUGGGAUAGUAAUGAUUACUCCCGAUGGGGAAGAAUUAUGUAGUUCAUUGAAGUUGAAGUUCAAGACCACAAAUAACGAGGCUAAAUACAAGGCAGUUUUGGCAGGACUCGGUUUAGCCCUUGAAAUGGGAGCUGAAUUUGUGGAAAUACGGAGUGACUCCCAAGUUGUUGUAGGGCACAUCAGAGGAAAAUUUGAAGCCAAGGGAGACAAGAUGAAGUUAUACUUAUCUAAGGUGCAUGAUUUGCAAGCUUUAUUUAAGAAGUUUAGCAUUGUGAAAAUUCCGAGACCAGAGAAUGAAAGAGCAGACCAGUUGGCCCGGAUAGCCUCAACGGCCAGUAAAGAGAUUGAAGCCAAGACUCCUAUCCAAAUUCUUCUACAAUCAUCAGUUACCGAGAUGGUGUCGGUCUUGACAGCCGAGACCGUACCUAAUUCGCAACUAGAAAUCGUGGAAUACCUGGAAAAAGGAGUACUUCCCUCAGAUAAAAGGCUUACUAUCCGGUUGAAGGUAAGGGCAGAAAGGUUUACAAUGAUAAAUGGAAUCCUUUACAAGAGGGGUUUCAUGUUGCCACUAUUAAAGUGUGUUUCAAAGGAGGAGGGAGAUUAUAUCCUUAAAGAGAUCCAUGAAGGAAUUUGUGGAAGCCAUUCUGGAGCAAGGAUGCUGGUACAUAAAGCAGUCUGA